AUCUCUGUGAGUCAACAUCGUUCAAAUCAGUAGACAAGCAGAGAAGAUCGGUGGGACAAGAUAUGCCAAUACCAAGGAAUGACAAGAUGAACCUCCUGAGCUUUCUCUUCUUGGCAUCCGUGGUGGCCAAGAGCAGUCAAUUAGCAUGCCAAGAACACCUUCGGCGUCCAGAAUACACUGACAUCGCAGUUGAAUGUGGCACGGCCUCAAUUACUCUGUCGAUUCAAAUCUGUCCUGUUGUGUACACUGGCUACAACGAGUCUCUGCUCAUCCUCAACCACAUUUAUGACAAGCCUGAGUGCAGAGGGACCUUGGAUGAAUCUGUCACGCCGCCUGUUGCCAAGUUCACCUUCCCACUCAACAUGACCAAUGCUUGUGGCAGCAACUUUAUGACAACCAGUGCACACGGCACGGGGAUCUUCGCCGACUUCUCCAACAUCCAGACAGUCAAUGUCAGCGGUGUGGUGCGUUCACAUGAUCUAACCUCAGGAACAGUCACCUAUAACGCUGAGCUCAAAUAUUUUUAUUCCUGUGCCUACCCUCUGGAGUAUCUCAUCAACAACACCCAGGUGGACGUGUCAUCAUCUUCCAUUGCAGUGAGGGAUAACAAUGGAAGCUUCAUCAGUACUUUGAGCAUGCAACUAUUCAGUGACAGCUCUUUCACUACUCCUCUGGUCAUACCACCACUGGGCUUAGAGCUGAGGACCAUGAUCUAUGUCCAGGUCAAAGCAGCCAACCUGACUGAUCAGUACCACGUCCUCAUGGACCGAUGCUAUGCUUCCAUUUCUCCUUAUCCCUCCAACUCCACCUUCUUCAACCUGUUUGUCUCGUGUUCUAGAGAACAGAUGACCACCAUGAUCGAGAACGGAGACAGUCACCACGCUCGCUUCUCCUUCUCAGCUUUCAGGUUCCUCGAACAGCAGAACGAGACGGUGUCCACCUACUACCUGCACUGUAUCACCAGACUCUGUGAGAUCAGCACCUGCAGUGACUUCAAACAAUGUAACCAGAGGAGGAAAAGGGAUACUCCUUCAGUUUCAGAAACUACCACCCUGUCUUCACAAAUUCCCAUUGUCGCCCAGAACGAUGAAUCUCUGGGAUACGACGCAGUUCCGUCCAGCAGUGACUCGGACUUCAGGGUGGGCCUCGGCGCAGCUCUGGGAAUCCUCUCUCUGGCAUUGAUGGUCUAGUCUUCAACAGAUCCACAACAGGCUCAGACAGUUUUUAAAGGUGAACAGACGCCUCUGCACAAGCUGAAUUGUCGGAUUAAUAAGGCGACGACUCCCACGAGGCCUGUGAUGCAGAAGUAGCGUGUACGUGUGUGGUUUAGAGGUCUUACUCUUGUAGUUGUGCUAGAAAUGUGCCGUGUAUACUAAUUUGAAAUGCAAAGUGAGAUGCUUUGCCUGUUUCCAGUAGAAAAGCAACAUUAUAUGAUGACAAGCUUUAGUGUUGGCACUCGUGCGCUUUGGCUUUAAAAAGCAUAAAAAGGGGAAGUGAUAGUUUGUUAUGAGGGUAACAAAAUGAUCUAGAGAUUAUUUUAUCACCAGACACAAACGUACUUAUUCUAAUCUAUGAAGAAAUGUGAUUCAUGUGGUGUUCUGCUGAGUUUUAUGGAAGCUAAACUAAACUAGUGACGCUGCUCGAAUGUUUCCGGGUCACUCAAAUGUUUGACAUUAAAGACUUGAGUGUGAAGCCACUAAUCAAUAUAUUGUUUUCUGUAUUUAUUAGGUUUUUGCUUGGGUGUACACAGA